CAGUGUGCCUCUGCUCGACCAUCUUCCCCUGCUUUUACUGCGCCUCCUCUUCAUCGACUGUAUUGUCGACCACCCCGGCUCUUACGUUGCUGAGCUCCAGUCGACCUCCUGUGCCUCGUUGGCCUCUAAACGAUGCUAGGCUUAGUGCUCGCCCUCCUUGUGGGCGGUGCAAAUGCCCAAACUUCCACAAACGCCACAUGUGCAUCGACCUAUGAUUGGAUGAGCAAUGCCGAAGGCCAAUCCCCUUGCCUCGUUGCAGCCGGCCUGCAGGGUGUUUGCAACAACAACAAAUGGUUCAUCCCCUCCCUCCCCUCAGGGACUCACUAUGUCGGCCCGACCUCUCCCUCCCUCGGCACACUCUGUAUCUGCAACACAGUCGUGUACAACCUCGUUUCCGCAUGUGCGGCCUGCCAGGGAGGGGAAUGGGUCGCAUGGGCAGACUGGACAAGCAACUGCUCCGUGAGCGUCAUGACGCGCGGCAGUUUCCCGGGGCCUGUACCGGGAGGGACGAGUAUCCCUGCUUGGGCAGAGGUGGACACGAGCCUCGAAGGGACCUGGAACGCCAUUGAGGCGAGGGGUGUAGCAGGCUCAGCGCUGCCGGAUACCUUCCCCAGUUCCACAGCCAGCACAACCUCCACAGCAACCGCGACAUCUACCUCCCCUCCCUCCGACAGCUCGAAACCCAACAUCGGCGCAAUAGUCGGCGGCGUGCUGGGCGGCAUCGCCCUUCUGCUCAUCGCCAUCCUCGUAUUCCUCUUCCUCCGGAGAAGGAGCAAACGCCGCACAGCAGCAGCAGAGACCGCUAUCCCCCUUCCGGCGAGCUACUCCUCCCUCUCCUCCAGGAACGGGAACGACACCACCCCACCCCCGAACGGACAAGGUUAUUCCGGCCCACACAGUCCAGGAGGAGAGAAAUCCGCAUUCCUUGCUGCUCCUGCUCCCGCCUCACCCCCAUUCACGCCCACAGGCACAAGCCCGCUCUCACCAGGCUUCCCAAUCCCUAACAACGCCCCCGGGAACCACAACUCCCAGCUAAAGCUGUACGACCCCCAAGGCCCCUCGACGUGGCCGACGAACAUCCCCCUUCCCGUCCUCACCAGCUCCAGCAAUGGAACUGCGGGGAGUGUGUCCUCCCAGGCAGGCACAAGGACAAGCACGACCCUCAGCGCAAGCGGGUACAGCAGCCAGCCCCAGCCGAGUCAGAGCAGCUCCCUCCCCCCCGUCUCCGAGCUCGGCCCAUCAGCAGGCAACCCGGAGAUGGCAGUGCUCGACUCUGACCGGGCUUACUCGCCUGUACCUACCCCGGCGCCGACUUAUAGGAGCAGUGCGAGUCCUGGCCCUGGUGGGGAUAGGGUGAUCAUGCGUGGUCCGGCGCGGCAGAUGGGCAAGAGGAGGCCAAGAUAACGCGCUCUGAGCGUUCACGUUGGAGGUUGGCAUGCGGCAUGGACAUAUACCAAGAGGGCGAGCGGGCACGAGUACGGGAAGGAGUGGAGUGUGACACACGGCAUUUGCAUAUGGGUUCAAUGUUGUC